AUGCCGGUUCCGCUGCUGUCUGUGAUCCCUAUGGGCAUCAUCACCGCGCUCUUCGCGGUGACGGGUACCGGUUUCAGCGCGGUGUCGCGUCUUGCGAACGACGGCAAGCCGAUGCGCCACAACCUCGACGACUGGGAGCGUAUGAUGAUGCGCCGCGACUAUCGCCUGACAGGAACAUGA